CGGAGAGCGGGAAGAGGAUGGACUGCCCGGCCCUCCCCCCCGGAUGGAAGAAGGAGGAAGUGAUCCGAAAAUCUGGGCUCAGUGCCGGCAAGAGCGAUGUCUACUACUUCAGUCCAAGUGGUAAGAAGUUUAGAAGCAAACCUCAGUUGGCAAGGUACCUGGGAAAUACUGUUGACCUCAGCAGUUUUGACUUCAGAACUGGAAAGAUGAUGCCUAGUAAGUUACAGAAGAACAAACAGAAAUUUCGGAAUGAUCCUCUCAAUCAGAAUAAGGGUAAACCAGACUUAAAUACAACAUUGCCAAUUAGACAAACAGCAUCAAUUUUCAAACAACCAGUAACCAAAGUCACCAAUCAUCCUAAUAAUAAAGUGAAAUCAGAUCCACAACGAAUGAAUGAACAGCCACGUCAGCUUUUCUGGGAGAAGAGGCUACAAGGACUUAGUGCAUCAGAUGUAACAGAACAAAUUAUAAAAACCAUGGAACUACCUAAAGGUCUUCAAGGAGUUGGUCCAGGUAGUAAUGACGAGACCCUUUUAUCUGCUGUUGCCAGUGCUUUGCACACAAGCUCUGCACCAAUCACAGGGCAAGUCUCCCCUGCUGUGGAAAAGAACCCCGCUGUUUGGCUGAACACAUCUCAACCCCUCUGCAAAGCUUUCAUUGUUACAGAUGAAGACAUUAGGAAACAGGAAGAGCGAGUACAACAAGUGCGAAAGAAGUUGGAAGAAGCCCUGAUGGCAGAUAUCUUGUCACGAGCUGCUGAUACAGAAGAGAUGGACAUUGAAAUGGACAGUGGAGAUGAAGCUUAAAACAUGACCAGGCAACUUUCAGCCGACGUCCCCCAAGAAGAAAUUCCUAGAAUUGAACCAAAACGUUUCCACUGGGUUUUGCCUGUAAGAGAAAAAAAAUGUAUCUGAGCACUUAGAAGCUUUUUAAUAGCACUAACCAAUGCCUUUUUAGAUGUAUUUUUGAUGUAUAUAUCUAUUAUUCAAAAAAAUGAUGUUUAUUUUGAGUCUUAGGACUUAAAAUUAGUCUUUUGUAAUAUCAAGCAGGACCUUAAAGUGAAGCUGAGCUUUGGAUGCCAGGUGCAAUCUACUGGAAAUGUAGCACUUAUCAUACAUAUUUGUUUCCCCCCAGUUUUAAUAUGAAUGGAUCAGGAGUACCAAAUAAAUUUCCCAAUUAAAGAUUAUUGUGACUUCACUGUAUAUAAACAGAUUUUUAUACUUUAUUGAAAGAGGACAUCUGUACAUUCUUCCAUCAUCACUGUAAAGACAAAUAAAUGAUUAUAUUCACAGA